GCAAGAAGCGGAGAGAGAAUCUAAACAGGUGUUGGGUUCCCGCGUGCAGCGCGGCAACAGGCCCGGAUAGAUUCGCCGCGAAUAUUGAGUGCGUCCUUUGGGAAGUUCAACGGUUGAAACGUAUCAGUGGUGUUGACGAGAAAAAGCCUUCAUCGACAGCCAACGUUGCGACCUGCGACUAGCAGCAACAGCCACUUGCAGCCGCUGAGCCGCCCUCGCGUUUGUUACGCCGAGUGCCGAAGCCGCCUGGGCGGCGUCGCAUGGCCAAGUGUGCUGCGCUCGGAGCGGCGGCGGCAACGGCGUCCAGCCAACGCAGCUGCGCCGGACUCCCCCGCCGUCGCCGUGGUCGCUGCCUGGUGAAUAUGCCCUGAAACUGCGACAAACAGCGUCCCGAGCAGCAGCCAUGGUGCUGUACAGCCGCGCCACGAGCGACGCCCCCGCGGUUCCGGCCAGCAGCUGGCCCACGGUGCUGGCCAGCGGCUGGCUCUUCUUUUUCGCCUCGGCGCUGUUCCGCUCGUACGGCGUGCUCUACCUGCACCUGGUGCGCACCGCGCAGCUGAGCCGGGCUGCCGCCUCGCUGCCCAUCGCCUUCGUCGCAGCCGCAGCGGGAGUGUCCGGUCUGCUAUGCACCCUGCUGCACAAGCGAGUUCCUGUGAUCGUCUCAAACCUGUGCUGCUGCCUGGUGUGUGGAGCAGCGCUUUGUUUUCCUUAUAUCAUGGCGACUGCACCGGGCCUGGCCUUGGCUGGCAUUUUUUACGGUCUGGGACUGGGCCCCAUCGAAUGGCGGAGCCAGAUGCUUAUCAAGAAGUGCUUCAAGAAGGACCGCAUCCUCGCCUUAGGCGUGGCUUCCCUGGGCGUCACAUUCGCUGGCAUCGUGUUCCCGUGGCUUGUGCAGCACCUGUUGCGCGAGUACACCACGGCCGGCGCCUGCCUUCUGUUGGGCGCCGUCACCCUGAACGGCUGCAUCGGAACACUGCUUCAAAAGCUGUCCGCGCCGCGGAGUGCCACUUCCGGCGGACGCGGAGUGCUUCCCUCGGUGGCAGCCGUCGAGAACGGCAAUGUAGAGAUGCGGGUCGUGCGAAAGCGCUACAGCGUGACGAUCGACGAGAAUCCACAGCAGGCCAGCUCGGGUCCCAGGCUUAGCAGCAAACGGGACCGCGGAUCUGCCCCCGAAGGCCUCGACCGCGCUGCCGGUGGUGUGAAUUCGUACCAGAAGCUCAGAGCUGUCAGCAGCAGCAACAUUCCUGCGGAGAAGGUCGACCAACAGCCGGCGGGCUCGAUCAGGGACGGCUUCGGCCUGUACCAGCUCGCCGGCGGAGGUGCGCUUUCGCAGGACUCCAUCUACGAGGACUGCCAGUCGGACUUCGACCCUUGCGAACUGGAGGGCCUUCCCACGUUCAAGCGACGCAGACUGCUAACGGAGGGUUCGGAGACGUACCUCUCCUGUUAUUCCGUCCUGGAUCCCACGUUAUACGAUGUAGUCGAGACGAAAGACACCGGUGAAGUUACCAUCCACAGGCGGUCGGUUUCGUCGGAGAGCAUCGUGAUCGUUCCUGUGCAGGCCAAAUUUCACGGACCGCUGAAAGAACGACUGCGCGUGUUCUUCCAACCAGCCUCGGUGCUUCUGAAAAACGGCAUGUUUUACAUCUGCGGCCUUAGUUUCGUGAUAUUGUACGUCAUCAACGUCGUCUACAACAGCACAGUGCUGGACUUCGCCGUGGACAAAGGAGUGAGCCCCGAUUCUGCCGUGUCCCUGAUCAGCGUCUUCUCUGUGGCCGACCUCGUCGCCCGGCUCGCAACUUCAGCGGUCAUGAACCGCGAACUGGGCUCCAAGAAGAUUCUCAUGAUCUGGGUUCAGGCCUCCAGCGGGGUCCUCAUGCUGGCCGCGCCCUACCUGGUUGGCUACACGGCCGCGCUGGUCGCGGCACUCUUGCUGGGCGCCAACCUGGGAUCUCUGUACGUGUUAUACAUCAUUUUAUUCGAGGACUACAUCGGACUGCAUCUCAUUUCGUGGGCCUUCGGAAUCUACGGCAUCGCUGUGGCUUUGUUGGCCCUGCUGAUGGUAGCAGUCAUAAGUUAUUGUCGCGACAUUCUCAUGUCGUACGACACCUUCUUUCAAGUUAUGGGUCUCCUCUGCCUGCUGAACGUCUUCUUCUGGGCGUUUGCCGAACCAUUCUUCAAGAAACAGAGAAUAAGCGCACGGAAGGCCCAAGAAAACAACCGUCCACAAUAACAUCGUCAUCAAGGCAUAUUAUGCAGCAACUUCAUUUACUCUCCAUCAAGCAGCGGCAUGGCACAUGGUUCCACGGUUCGACAUUCGAAAGAUGCGAAAAGUGCCGCAACCUUCCAAGUGGACGUCGCUCUUCAACGCAACUUCUAGCAACGCCAAGUUACAGCGGCUUUCUUGGACACAAUGGUGGCGAACGAAGGAGCUGAGUCAAGUGCUGGUACUGAACAAAAAAAAAAAAAAGAGGAAGAAAGAAAGAAAAUGAAAAGCCAGUGCCACCACAUUUGGGCGCAACGACGUUUUCUGGCAUGGACUGCAUACGAACGCUGCACCUGCGCGCACCCGCCGAGUUCCGUGCUUCUAAGGAUAAUGUCUCUUAAUUCGCCUACCCACGAUGUUCGCACUAAUUUGCCUGCACACUUCGCACAAGCACUUAUAUGCAAAUACGUUGCCCGCGCUGUAUGCACGUUAGACGCCUUAGCCAGGCCGAAGCCAGCGAAAUUUUUCAGAAGAAUGAUCUACGAAAGGACAGUCGUGGCAUUGUAUAACUUACUGAGGCCAACACCCCUGUAGGCAACUCUGACAGAUCUUCAAUGCUUGGUAACGCCACUUAAGUACAGUUCCAGGAAAAUGGCCAAAGUGCUUGCAGCAUCAAAUUAGCCAUGAAAUGUCGUUAAAGGACUAUAGAUUUUAUAUCAGUCCUCUGGAUUCACUUGAGCCGCUAGCGACUAUUUAUUUACGACAAACCAGAGACGCGUUGUUUGUGAAACGGACGUAAAAAAUUCAUCAACAAUUACCAUACUCCCCAAUGUGAAAUUUGAGCGCAGCUGUAUACGUGUUUUCAUUUGGCGAUAUAUUGGCUAUUGGACAAUGGAGUGUAGUGGCGCGACUGCCUCGCUAAUCGGGAGAUCCCGAGAGGCAGCGCGUGGGCGACGCGUGGGCACGAUUCGCAGCAGCAGCCGCAGACAGACCUCCGCUCACGCAGCGCUUUGCUUCUAUAUAUGGUAUCGGUGGCGUCAUCGAUGAACAAACGACGCUCACUGUUCUGGCGCCAUCUCGUAGCCAUCGUCACCGCAUAGCCCGUCUUGCGCGGCACUAAGCUUUCCUUCUCACGCUUUCGCGGUACCCUCAACCUCCGCUUUCCUCCUCGCACUCUCUUCGCUAUCGCCGUCUUUCAUCCGCGCGCCGCGUUCGCUCUUUCAUCCUUCGCUGUGCUCAUUUGCUCGGUUACGAGGACGCCGAGGGACGACGCAGACACUCGCCGCAGGAACGGGCGCCUAUGAACUGCGAUCUAAAACCUCGUAGCUGGUUCUCCCGUGCCCACACAGCCCUCGACACUUUGCAGUGCAGCGACGGGCACAGGGCUAAGUGUGUAUCUAUAUCGCGCCCGUGCGACACAGCCGCAUAAAGUGCAAUCCACAGCUGUUUGUUGUAGAACGGUCUAUACCGACCCAAAUGUGCUAUACGCGAUUGUCUUUUCGCCAAUAGAGUCAGUUGGCAUAGUAAAGGACCACACGCUGCUAAAACCGCGCGUUUCGGUCAUGUCGCUUCCAAUAAGCUUCUGUUGUUGAAGUCGGCUGCCGUCUUUUAGAAGCGCACAAGCACGGCCUCACUGUUACAAAGUAGGUUGCGGAGUCAUAAUAUACAUUUAUCUUUAAACAUGAAAUGACACAAAUAAAGGGGCAAUGCCUGCCAAGUUGCCUCACAAGCGCAUUAUGCUGCCGUAACCGGGCUGUAAGCGACGUCUCAUUGCCGCGAUGGGAGUUGCCACCAUGUCACGGAGUUUCCGCGCAGAAUUGAGGAUUCCCCUGGAUGCGCGCACCAGGUAAGAUGGACGUGAAUGGGCUCUUUGUCAGCGCGUGUAUAGCCACGGUUCAGAACAUAUGCGUUAUUGAAAGGGGCUGACUGUAGCCGGUUAUCAAGGCCAAUAUGGAUAAGGGCGAACCGGCCAUAUAGCAAAGUUGAAUUCCAUUUGACACUGUGAAGGUCGAGAGUCGAACCCACGACUUAUAGUGGGAGUCGAACUCUCGAUAUUGGCUGGGAGUGGAAGCCACGGCAUUCGGUGUUAAUUAAGGUGCAAUUUAUUAAGGCACUCGAGCCCACGACCCAACGGUAAUGUAAUGUUAUGUAAUGAAUGUCUCGAGAGCGCGCAGGCUCUCGCCUUCAUCUUCUUUAGCGUAUGCUAAGCGAUUGUCAACUUUUCUUUAACUAGCAGUUUCGAUAACAGGCUGUAACGAGCAUUAGAACGAAGACCAGUCACAUCAAGAAGACCAAGCCGGUACUUGCACCAGCACACACGUCGAUGGUCUAGCACAACUUUCAGCAUGUCCUUGGCUUUUUGAGCAGCCGGCGACUCCCUACACCGGCUGUCUUUUUUUUUAACUUACGGUUUUAAUUCUUUUAUUAGAGCUAUAAUUGUUAAGAGGAAGCUUUAGCUCGGGCCCAACUGUGACGCGGCCUAUUCAAAUACUUGCAAAAAGCAAAAACGUUUUUCUGAGAUAACCCUUGGGCUGAUUUUAAUGAAAUUUGUUGCAUUUGCGAGAGAAAGUUAAAUUCUAGUGACUGUUCCAAGCGGAAUUUCGAUUUAAGUCCUAAAUGUUGUUUAAAAAAUUUUCAAAAAUUAGAAAGUUCGAAAAAAAAAAAUAGAAGCACGACGUUUACAAAUUGAUAUCUCUGCAUCAAGAACAGAUAUCGCGGUGCUGUAAACGGCAUCCAUUAUAUCAUUCAAAGCGGACCAAUUCGAUGUGUCAUUAUAUCUUACGUGAAUUAUUUACGUUGCUUACAAUGGUCCUGCAAAAGCUGUAUUUCCAUAUUGCAAAUUUUUUUUAGAUUCAUGCGUUACAUAUCAGUUUUUUCCGCUUUAGAUGUACUAUUAGAUGCAAUUCGCAGAAUCGUAUUAUCAUUUUCGUUGCUGAGUUACGGAGUUGCAAACAUGAUAGUUUCGCUUAUUGAACUUUUUUUUAUUUUCGCCAAUUUGUUAUAGAAGAAUUGACGACCUAAAUAAAAUAUUCGAGACGAAUAGUCACUAGUUUUUAAGUUUUUCUUUUAAAUGCGAGAAACCACGUCAAAUUUGGUGCAGUGGUUGUCGAGAAAAACGAAUUCUGCUUUUACAUGUAUUUAGACAGGAGCACCCGAGCUAAAGCUUCCUCUUAAGUUCUGGCGUUUUACGUGCCGAAGCCACGAUAUGAUUGAGGUAUGUAUUAGGGGAAGACUUCGGAUUAAUUUUUACCAGCUGGGAUUCUUUAACGCGUACGCAAUGCAUGGUACACGAGCGCUUUCGCACUGCACCCCCAUCGCAUGGCGGCCGGGAUCGAACCUGCGACCUCGAACUGAGCAGCGCAACGCCAUAGUCACUGAGCUAUACCGCGGCGGGUGGCUCCCGUUUCGUGAGCGCCAUUAAAAUUUUUCGUUAAUUUUGCCUGUUCUCCCCUUAUUCCAGUUCGGGGCAAACUUCUACCUCCCUCUUUCGUGAAAAUUUUCGAGAAAAUUAAACGAAGACAACGUGAUUUUUCA